AGAAUGAGAUUAAAAUAUGUUAUUUUUAACACCUAUGAAUAAUAUUUUAAAAGCUUUAUCAUACUCGAGCUAAGAUUUUAUUGAGUAGGACAUGGUGCAUUUCAUAGCUUCAUGGAGAGGGACAUGUCGUGUUAUUGCACCAGUCCUGGUAGAUCUUGCUAAAAAGCUGCCUAAUGUAACAUACUUGAAGGUGGAUGUGGAUGAAUUGAAGACCGUGGCGGAGGAAUGGAAUGUGGAGGCCAUGCCAACUUUUAUCUAUCUCAAAGAAGGCAAAUUGAUUGACAAAGUUGUGGGGGCAAAGAAAGAUGAGUUGCAGCAGAGAAUAGUCUUGACCAACUUGGUGCACAAAGUAUGAAAUAAAACUUGUAUUCUACUGCUUCAACUUUGUUUCUGAAACUAGAAUAUCAUAAA